CCAGUGUGCCUGAGAGGCACAGAGUCGGUGCCAGGGAGGUGGCCAACUUGGUCACUCUCCCCGGUGCGCAAGGGGUUCCCUGGGGCCCACUUGGUGAGCAGACCCUGCUACCAACUGGGGAGUCUCAGCUCAGCCCCGGGGGCAAAAAGGCGCAGAGACAUAAUGCUCUCCCGCCCUUCCUUUCCCAGGGCCAAUCUCAGAGGCCCAGUUCAGUCCCUACAGUUUAGGUUGGUGGCUGUUUAUCCAGCAGUCACCAUGGAUCACCGAAGCCGACCAAGAGGCAUAGGCCUGAGGGGGUCCCAAACCCCUCGGCUCCCACUCCUCUUCCAUGUGGAACAAGAGGCCAGGGAAGGAGAAGAAUGGGAGCGACAGCCACCUCAUCAGAGGCCACCUCGUCAGAGGCCUCCUCCUACCUAUACGCCUCCUGAAAGCGAAGAGCUGCAGGAAAAUGUUAUGGUUUCCAAGCCAGCACCUUAUUGGGAAGGAACAGCUGUGAUAAAUGGAGAAUUCAAGGAGCUGAAAUUAACUGAUUAUCAUGGGAAAUACUUGGUUUUUUUCUUUUACCCACUUGAUUUCACAUUUGUGUGUCCAACUGAAAUUAUCGCUUUUGGUGACAGAAUUGAAGAAUUCAGAUCCAUAAAUACUGAAGUGGUAGCAUGUUCUGUUGAUUCACAAUUCACUCAUUUGGCCUGGAUUAAUACUCCUCGGAGACAAGGAGGCCUGGGGUCGAUAAGGAUUCCACUUCUUUCAGACCUGAACCAUCAGAUCUCAAAGGACUAUGGUGUCUACCUAGAGGACGCAGGCCACACUCUGAGAGGCCUCUUUAUUAUUGAUGACAAAGGAAUCCUGAGACAGAUUACUCUGAAUGACCUUCCUGUGGGCAGAUCGGUGGACGAGACCCUACGUUUGGUUCAGGCAUUCCAAUACACCGACAAACACGGAGAAGUCUGCCCUGCUGGCUGGAAACCUGGUAGUGAAACAAUCAAACCUGAAGAUGCCAUGAAAGCCUGGUGGCCAAGAGAAGAGCUAUAAUUCCAGAUCCAGCUGGCAAACUGAAGUAUUUCGACAAACAAAAUUGAAAAAUACUUCAAGUUACAAGGCUUCAAGGUUCUCAAUAAAGG